CAGCCGUGGCAAGCACAACUCCGGCUGCCAGCUAUAAAAUCAAAAAUAGCAACGCGUCAACUGAAAGUUUCAAAAAUUCAAAACUCAAAAAUUUGUUGCCAACAAGCAAAGCAGCAAGUAAAAAAAGAGUAGACCGCAACAAAUUUUGUACCUGACCAAAUAUACCGUAAAUUGUCAAAUAUUCACUGAAAGUGUGUUCAACGCGCGCCGCCAAGCAGCAAUCGGAUUACAUACAUUACUAGUGUAGAGCAUCGCACGCGCAGUGCCCGCCAGGAUGUCCGCCGUUCGGCAAUUCACUUUGGGCUGUGGAUUAGUUGUGCUGUUGCUGGCUGUUUGUCAAACGAAGGUCGCAAGUGCACAGUUCUUCUAUCCCCAACAACAGUACUACCAGCAACCACGUCGCGUUAGCCGCCAAGGCUCGGUAUCGCGCGCCAAUAGCAAUGCCUUUGAACGUCAGUUCGACUAUGGGCCGAUCGGUCUUACCGAGGGUGUGUCUAAUUCGCGCGCUGUAACAAAACAAAAUGGUGGUCUGCGCAAUGGUGGAACCACAAGCGUCGCCAAGAGUAAUGCCAUUACGCGUGAACUGAACUUGGGUCCAUUGGACGUUGGUAGCACACUUACACGCACGCAGACACGCACAAAUGGCGCUGUAUCACGCGGCGUUGCACAAGAAUUCAAUGUGGGCAAUGUUGAAUUUGGCGGUUCAUUGUCUCGUGAUAAUUUGGGCAAAGGUUUUGGUUUGAGACGCGAUCCCAACGGUGGCACCGAUCUAAAUUUGGGACUGCUCAGCUUUAAUUUAGAUCCCUAUCGUCAAAAUCAACAAGCCUCGACGCAGGCGCAAGUGAAUGCACAGGGAAAAGGGGCACGCACCCGCGCUAACAGCAAUUCGAACACACAAACGCAUCAAUUCGGCGGUUUGCAAGUUACCGACACAAGUUCACGCUCGAAUGCCUUCGGUCGCGUUCGCAACGGACAGACUUCAGCUAAUACUGGCGGUUUUGCCGGUGAUGCUUUCACAAAUGCCAAUAGCUUUGGCAAUGGUUUCUUCCGUCGCAGACGUGGCACCCGUUAUGUGCGUCCCAUUGUGGUGCGUACUAAACGCUAUGCCAGACGUUCUCAUCCACGUGAAGGUGGCUUCUUUUUCCCCAGUGAAAGCAAUGCGCAGUCACAGGGUAUGGCGGAAAAUAAAGGCGACCGCUUCAGUCAGCAAGCCGGCACCAACACGCACUCAAACAAUCGCGUAACUGAUGGCGGUUUGUACCAGGAUAACGGUGCCUCCAGUAUUGGUUCGAAUCUGGCUAAUGAUGGUUCAAGCGGCCAAGUGAGUUCGGCUAAUACAAAUAAUAUGAAUACACAAACUAAGGAUGGCGGUUCGAGCACGAACGAUGCACAGAGUCAGUCACUCAACUACGAUAAGAACCAACAGCAGGCGUCCUCAGCGAAUGCUGGCACCACACACACGUACAACAAGGAUGGCGAAGACAUAAGUUCGCACGGUACAUCACAAUCGACAAAUAACAAUCCUUAUGGCACAUCGAGCAGUACGACCAACACUAAGACGGAUGUUAUGCGCAAUGGUAACUCUGAAAGUGUCACAGCUGAUUCGAGCGGUCAGUCCAUCUUCCAGGGCACGAGUGGUCAAAAUGCCGGCGCAUCUACAAACUCCAAUGUUAAGUCUGAGCGUGGACCUAAUGGAUUUGUGAGUAAUUCGGCAUCGAGCAGUGCAACGGCUACCAGUCAAGGUGGCGGUAAUGCCGACGCAUCGGCAUCGGCUUCAUCAUCUUCGUCCGCUGGCGACGGCAACAAUGGUGCGUUUACGGACGCAAAUGCCAAUGCUGGUGCGUACAAUCCCUACUCCGAUGGUAACGGUUUCGGCAAUAACGGUUUCGGCGGUAACAACUUCGGUGGUUUCGGCGGUAACGGCUUUGGCAAUGGCAACGGCUUUGGUAACUUCGGUGGAGCACAAGCCAAUAGCAAUGCCUUUGGUGGUUGGGGUUGGGGUCGAUGAAAAAGUAAGGGUUUAGAGGGAAUGGAAGAGCAUGUUAAAUGUUGACGUUAUUAUUUCAUUUUUGCUGAAAUUUCAUUAUA